AUGCACCACCAAUGUGCAGUCGGGCGUGUAUAUCGACGUGCACCAUCAACGUGCACUCGGGCGUAUAUAUCUACGUGCACCAUCAACGUGCACUCUGGCGUGUAUAUCUACGUGCACCAUCAACGUGCACUCAGGCGUGUAUAUCUACGUGCACCACCAACGUGCACUCUGGCGUGUAUUUCGACGUGCACCACCAAUGUGCACUCGGGCGUGUAUAUCGACGCGCACCAUCAACGUGCACUCGGGCGUGUAUAUCGACGUGCACCACCAACGUGCACUCUGACAUGCACCAUCAAGGCAAAAACUCGACUCCGGAACCAACUUCCUUCUUCUCGAGACCAGGAUAUACAGUUCAACGGAAGUCGUCCUCCAGAGACAUUAGGAGUCGUUCUCGAGGGUUAUAAGAAGUCCUUCUCGGGAGGGCAGACAAGUCGCCCUCGGAACCAACGAGGGAGGUCGCAGGAGGCGCCAGUCACCAGUACCAACACUGAACCCACCCAUACUACCAUCGAUGCACACUAUCUAGGUACUGACCAACUGCUGGACGCGUGCAAGAGGAACGAGGUACAGAUGGUCACAGGUGGAUGUCACCAGCUGCUGACUCAGGGACCCUGCAAGCCCACGGAGUUUGUCUUGUUGGACCCAGAGUCAGGACGGGGACACUGCAGACCCAGGCUGUGCUCUCCUGACAGAAUCUUUGUCUUCAGUGACCAGCUGUGUCAUGAUCCCAGAGGAACUACUCUCUGUCCCCCUGGUCGACAGAUGUACUCCUCGGCGUUCGGUACCCCCGUAUGUCAGUGUCCUGAUGGUACGUACGAGGGAGACGAUGACCUAGAUGACGACGUGUGUGACCCCAUCCUGGGCCAGACACUCUCCUGCCAGCCAGGACAGGUACUGUGGUUCAAAGACUUCGGCCUCCCGCCGGAGUGCCUGCCGGACCCCUGCGGCGGAGACAACCUGAACCGCGGACCUAACGACUUACCCUUUGUGCCUGCCGCCGACGGCAGGUGUUACCAGCUUGGACAGAUGGGAGGUGUGUGUCCAGCGCCGACCUGGUAUUCGCUGGCAUACGAGCGUCUGCAAGGUGUGUGUGCCACUCUUGAGGAAACUGGGUAUCAAGUCUUCGACCCUGACACUCUGGCUCUCAUCAACCAGAUCUACGGACCGCCCAUCCCUAGAGAAACCACUGCGCCCAUUCCAGUGACGGAAUCCCCUGGAGCCCUCAGAACCGAAGGCGUUGCUCCUGGAGUUUCAGAUCCUACAGGCGUAAGCCCUGGAGUCCCAAGUCCUACAGGUGUAAGCCCUGGAGUCUCAGGUCCUACAGGUGUAAGCCCUGGAUUCCCAAGUCCUACAGGUGUAAGCCCUGGAGUCUUAGAUCCUACAGGUGUAAGCCCUGGAGCUUCAAGUCCUAUAGGUGUAAGCCCUGGAGUUUCAGUUCCUUCAGGUGUAAGUCCUGGAGUCAUUAGUCCUGGAGUCUCGGUUGCCACAGGUGCAAGCCCUGCAGUGUCUGAUUUUACAGGUGUAGGUCCUGGAGUAUCUGACCUUACAGGUGUAAGCCCUGGAGUCUCUGAUCUUACAGGUGUAAGCCCUGGAAUUUCUGGAUCAACAGGUGUAAUCCCUGCGGUCCUUAGUUCUGGAGUUUCUGAUCCUACAGGCGUAAGCUCUGGAACUUCUGGUCUGACAGGUGUAAGUCCUGGAGUCUCCAGUGUUACUGGUGUAAGUCCUGGAGUUUCCGGUGUUGCUGGUGUAAGUCCAGGAGUCUCCGGUGUUACAGGUGUAAGUUCUGGAGUCUCCGGUGUUACAGGUGUAAGUCCUGGACUCUCCGGUGUUACAGGUGUAGGUCAUGGAGUCUCCGGUGUUACCGGUGUAAGUCCUGGAGUUUCCGGUGUUACAGGUGUAAGUCCUGGACUCUCCGGUGUUACAGGUGUAAGUCAUGGAAUCUCCGGUGUUACCGGUGUAAGUCCUGGAGUUUCCGGUGCUACAGGUGUAAGUCCUGGAGUCUCGGGUGUUACAGGGGUAAGUCCUGGAAUUUAUGGUUCUGCAGAUGUGAGACCUGCAAUCCCUGGUCCCACUAUUGUAGAGGCUGUGCCCUUGAGUCAUAAAGUAGUCGGUCCUGGAGACUCAGGUUCUACAACUGAUGGUGCUUUAGUCUCUGGUGCUACAGGUGUAAGUCCUGGAAUCUCUGGUGCUGCAGGUGUAAGUACUGGAGUCUCUGAUACUGCAGGUGUAAGUACUGGAGUCUCUGGUGCUGCAGGUGUAAGUACUGGAGUCUCUGGUGCUGCAGGUGUAAGUACUGGAGUCUCUGGUGCUGCAGGUGUAGGUCCUGGAGUCUCUAGUGCUGCAGGUGUAGGUCCUGGAGUCUCUGGUCCUACAGUUGUAAAAGCAGUACCCUCUGAUCAUAAAGUUGUUGGUUCUGGAAUCACUAGUUCCUCGAGUGUGGUUCCUGGGCUAUCUGGUUCAACAAGUCUUGGGUCUGGAACCUCUAUUGCUGCUGGAGGCCAAAUGGUUUACGGUUCUUCAGUUGGUCCACAAAUUGUUCCAGGUGACCAGGGUCUCUCCCAUCCAUCAACCAUCACCAGUAGCCAAAGUCUCUCCCAUCCAUCAACCAUCACUAGUAGCCAAAGUCUCUCCCAUCCAUCAGCCAUCACUAGUGGCCUAGGUCUUUCCCAUCCAUCAACCAUCAUUAGUGGCCAAGGUCCCUCGCACCUAUCAACAGUCUCUACUGGUCAAGAUCUCUCUCGUCCAUCAACAAUCUCUAGCAUCCAAAGUCUCUCUCGUCCACCAUCUAUCUCUUCAAGUGUCCAAGGGCAGUUUAAUAUUGCAAAUGGUCACGGCCCUUCGAGUCUGGUCGGUGGUCAGAGUUCAGUCAAUCAGUUCAUUCAAGGGCCUUCUCUCAGCAACGCCUCGGUUGGACAUCGCCCCGGGUAUUCCAUGCGGCCACAGACCCCCUUCAUGUCAUACGGUGCAGGGACUACCUCAUCUCCCGCCUUCGGAAGUCAAUCCGCUGGUUCACCUCACAUGUACGACGACAGGCGGCAUUCGAUACAGGAGUUAAACAGGCCUAGCACCACAGAUCUCUCACUCGGAGACUCAGUUGAAAAACCUCACGGACAAGCAGCUACGAAUAUCUUGAAGGGGCAGCUGGUCGCUGGACGCACGGGCAUCAUGGAAUCAGGAUCCAGGGAGAGUCUCAGCCUCGACUUUCUUCACACUCCCAUGAGCCAUAAGCUUCAUGGCUUCUUGAAAGGAGUGAAGACCAUAAUGGGUGACCUGCUGAGCGGUCGUAGUCACCACAGGAGUCGACGAGCGCCUCUCCCUCACGCCACACCUGGUAACGUCUUCGAGACUCGGCUGGUUGGGUGUCGCGCCGGCGCGCAGAGGGACAUCAACGCAAAAUGCCGGGACACAAUCCUGCCUUCACAUCCCCCUGCCAGCCGGGCCACCAGAGCAGCUCCUCCUGUACCACCCCAGCCUGGAUGUCCCAACGGUCAGGCGUACGAUCUACAGCGAACGUGUACGUCGUCAUCCAAUGCAGUCAAUUCCAUCAACGCCUUCAACCUCGGGUAGUAGAUCUACCAGACCGUUGCUACUGUCCUGGUGCCCCAAGUGAUCAUCUUACCAUUCCUCACACUGUGGAACUGACCUGGUGCUCACAUUUUCCCACACUCUCCACAGCCUCACAUGUCUUGUCUCUUCUCCUCACAUCACAUUACAUACUUUUACGACCCCUCAUUGACUAUAAUCUCUCUCUCUCUCUCUCUCUCUCUCUCUCUCUCUCUCUCUCUCUCUCUCUCUCUCUCUCUCUCUCUCUCUCUCUCUCUCUCUCUCUCUCUCUCUCUCUCUCUCUCUCAAAGAAAUUAACAGCCUCGAAAUAAAAUAAUACUCUAUUAACAAAUUAAGUGGAGCAGAUGAAGUCUCUGGAAAAGUUGUAAAACCAAGUAAAUAUCGAAUGACUUACCCACUAAUGUUAAUAUCUAACAUCCCGCUAGUAGACUGGAAGGUAUGGUGCUAGUAGACUGGAAGGUAUGGUGCUAGUAGACUGGAAGGUAUGGUGCUAGUAGACUGGAAGGUAUGGUGCUAGUAGACUGGAAGGUAUGGUGCUAGUAGACUGGAAGGUAUGGUGCUAGUAGAC